CCCCAACGAAGCGAAAGUCUAGACUCUAGAGCAAUGCGCGCACACCACUUGAAUCUAUUAGUGCUGAGUGUCGGAAUGGUGCUGCUCCUGGCCGUGGCACAGUCCCAGUUGCAGGAGACGCCAGCCGAGGCGGAUGUGAAGCAACUGACUUUGGCGGAUGUAAAUCAGGGCGCAGAGCAGCAGGAGAUGCCGGCCGUGCGCCUGGCCAGGCAAUUUGGCGGCGGCGGCUUUGGCAGACGAGGCUUUGGCGGCGGAUACGGAGGCUACGGCGGGCGAGGCUUUGGAGGCGGCGGCAGGAGACGAUUUGGCGGCGGUGGCUUCGGCGGCGGUGGAUACGGCAGAAGACGUGGGUUCGGUGGAGGUUUCUAUCCACCCCCGCCCUUCUUUGGCGGCCCCUUUUUCGGCUAAUGUGCACACACUGAGAGAAAAAUAGUGUGCUGUAAU